UUGUACUUUCAAUAUUUGCUUUUACAAAUUUACCUGGUACAAUAUUUGGCGCAGUCCAGUAUUUUUCCUUGCGCAAUUUUGACAUUCCCUCUUGUUCUCUCCUAUAAUUCUCCUUUUUUUCACACAAUAAAAAAGCACAUGCUUAUGCAUAUAGUUAUAUUAUAUAUGUAAGAAAAAGGAAACACACGUAUAUGUGUAUCGAAUAGGACGUAAAUUCGAAAAAUUGAUUAAACUAUGUUACUAAAUUAAUAAACUUGAAGUUUCCAGUUAAUCAUUAGAUUCACGUAUUUUUGAUAAUUUAAUGGAAAUCUAUUGUGAAUUGCAUAAGUUAUUCAAAUCAUAUCAUUUUGAAUCAAAAGUCAUUCUUCAAAUGUUUUUUAUACAAAAAUGUUCCACAAACGUGUUUGAAAAGCGAUUUUUUUAUAUUAUGUAUAAGUUUAAUGUUGCUAAAACAAUAGAGUCAACAGAAAUUUAGAAAUACUAGAAAAUGGUUCUCAGUACGGAGUGGUCUCAAGUUGAAAUAAUCGAUUUGACCAACGACGGAAACGGUCUCGGCUUCAUAUUAGUUGGUGGUAAGAGCACUGGAGUUGUGAUAAAAGCUCUGGUACCCGGUGGUGUAAGUGCACGUGACGGACGUUUGCAGUGCGGUGAUCAUGUACUUCAAAUUGGUAAUGUGAAUCUUCGUGGAUUUAGUUCAGAGCAAGUAGCAACUGUACUGCGACAAACUGGCCCUCAGGUUCGAAUUGUAGUUGCUAGACCAGUUGAGACCACAUCAUCAGAAUAUCGAUCAUUAGCCACUCAUGCACCAAUAAUACCUACAAAAAUUUUAACAGAUCCAGUAGAAUUAGAACGUCAAUUAAUUCAAACAUCAAUACCAUUUUCAAAUGAUUUUAUUGAUGUUGAUCAACUAAUAAUUCCACACAUAGAGGUGGUCACUUUGCACAACGAUUUGACAUCAGAACAAAGUAGUUUUGAACUGAUUUCGCCUUGUUCAGCAAACGGGCCGAUAAUCGACUCAUAUAUUUCUCUCCCCGAAACUGAAAAAUAUGAUGUUGAAUUGCGGAAAAAUGUAUACGGAUUGGGCAUAACCGUAGCAGGUUAUGUUUGCGAAGAAGAAGAUCUCUCUGGCAUAUUCGUAAAAAGUAUAAUUGAAGGCAGUGCAGCGGAAAUGAGUGGUAAGAUUCAAAUUAACGAUCGUAUUGUGGCAGUCGAUGGAAAAACAUUAGCUGGAGUAACAAAUCACCAAGCAGUUGAAGUUCUUCGAAAUACAGAUAUAGCAGUUUGGUUAACUUUAGAGCGAUUCUUGCGUGGGCGUAAAUUUGAACACUUACAAGUUGCUUUAACUGAAUCAAAAGAAAGACCAUUAUCAUUACCACCGUCUCCAUCUUUAACAACUUUAACAUGGGUACUACCCAAAUCAGAUGCUGAUUCAAUCGUAACAGAGGAUUGCGAUGAUUCUCAAAUUGAUAUUGAACAAGAAUCGUGUACUACAUUCGAUUCAAAUGUUUUUGGAAAUGAAAUAAAUAUUUGUGAAAUAAAUAAGGAUUCCAUGUCAGUAACUCCGAUACCGGACGCUAAAAAUCAGAAACGGGAUUUGUGGGAAAUUGAAUAUCCAGAAAGUGAAAUAAUUGUUACUGAAAUCAAUAAAUUGUCGGGUCUUGGAAUAAGCAUUGAAGGGACAGUAGAAGUGGAAGGCGGUGUUGAAAAGAGACCUCACCAUUUUAUUCGGUCAAUUUUGAAUGACAGUCCAGUUGCGAUAGAUGGAAAACUAAGACCCGGCGAUGAGCUACUACAAGUGAAUGAGCAUAAGUUAACAAAUUUAGUACACACAGAAGUUGUCAAAAUCUUGAAAGAACUUCCAAACAAUGUCAAAGUUGUAUGUGCUCGAGGACAUCCACCAUCAAUAAUCAAUACAUCACAAAAUUUUGAAGCCUUUGAAAGCCGAAGUAUAGUUCCGAGUGGACAUUUGAUUUUACAAAGUCUUUUUAAAGCCCAAUCCGAAAGUUCAUUGUUUACAUCAAGUACUAAUACGAAUACAAUAACGGAUCAAAAUCGCUCGAGAUCUAUGGAGCAGGUGUCCGGAUUAGCUUUAUGGAGUAAUGAAAUCGUUUUCAUUGAUAUAGAAAAAACAGAACGAGGUUUUGGAUUCUCAGUACUUGAUUAUCAAGACCCAUUGGAUAAUGUCAACGUUCUAAUUGUUGUUAGAGGCCUUAUACCAGGUGGAUCUGCAGAAAAAAAUAAUUUAAUAUUCCCUGGUGACCGUAUAAUUUCUGUGGGUGAACACGAUAUUCAAGGUUGCAGCUUAGAUGAAGCAGUUUCUAUUAUGAAGUCAGUACCUGUAGGAUUAGUUCGUAUUGGCUUAUGCAGGUACUUACAAACUACUACUUACUAUAGCUACUUACAAUAUAAAGCUCUCUUUCUUACGCAGACCAUUGUGUACAUCAGAUAAUAACAUAACGUCACUUGAAUCACCAACAUAACAAGCUAUUGAAUGAAUAUUACAUUGAUCGUUCUUGCCUGGCUUCAAUAUUCGAUGAUGUGUCUCAGAAAACAUAUAUGGGAAUAUAAAAAGUUAAAGAUAAUCUAUACAGUAGGGUGUUUCCCAUGUAAAUAAAAAAUGGUUUCUUUCAAUUUAAAAAACAUAAAAUUCGGUUUCAAAUUGUAGCAUUAAUGUAAAACAUCGAUUGAUAUUGACACUUCCCGAAGCAAGAAACUCUUUUCAAAAUGAAAUAAUGCUUUCCUGGGGUAUUCAAAAUAUAUAUAAUUAUAUUUCAAAAAUACUGGGGUAUGUUUUAAAAUUUUCGUAAAUUUUGUAUGGAGACUUCCCAUGGGGGUGACACUCAAAUGGGAGUCUAUAAAUAUUCGGGGGUAAGAAAAAUAGGUAGCCCCAGAAAGUGAGGAGGGUCAAAACCAAUGAUGUCAAUCGAUAGAGCACUGAAAAAUACCCUGAGUAUGGGUGAAGGUCAUAGGUGUUUUUCCACUUCAAAGACCUUAAAUAUGGGUAUGAAGUUACAAACCAGAACACACCGCUAGGGGGGAGGGGUACGAGAGUGGGUCAAAACCGAUAGUGCCAACCGAUAGAGGACUAAAAAGUCCCCUAGGUAGGGGUGAAGGUUCAUGUGGUGUUUUACAUCUUGAUAUUGAAAUGGAAGUCUGUAUAUAUUUUGGGGGUAAAAACAUAAACAUAGGCCCCCCAAAAUAGGGGAAGGGGGGUCGCUAGGGGCAAAUCACGAAAACAAAUGCAUCAUUUUUGAAUAAAUAUGCUGUGCUUUCAAUGAAUGCAGCAAAUGUAUCGCAAAUUCAACAAAUAUUAAGCAAAUAUACAAAUGUAUCGAAAAUGCGGCAUUGUUCGCCUUCUAGAUAGCUUGUUGGAAAUGUCUUAAAUAAAAUUGAACUAAUUAACUUCAAGUCGCUUCAAGUAUAAAAUAUUUAGAAUUUUAAUAUUAUCAACUUUUUUUUUCACUUUGUUGUCCAAAAUAUUAAAAUUAUGCUGAAAUAAAUAUAAUAUUACUAACUUAACCUAACUUUCGCUUUGCAAAUGUUGAACGUGGUUGCACGUAAUAACUUUAAACUGUCUAGUGGAGACGGUAGUGAAUUCGCCGCACAAAUUAAAGCUUUUUCACAUUUGCAAAGCGAAAGUUAGGUUAAGUUAGAAAUAUUAUAUUUAUUUCAGCAUAAUUUUAAUAUUUCGGACACAAAAAUAAAAAAAAGUUGAUAAUAUUAAAAUUCUAAAUAUUUUAUACUUGAAGUUAAUUAGUUCUUUUUUAAUUUCGUUAUAAAUGAGAUAUUCUCAUUAGCUGCAUUUACACAGUCAAGUACACAAAGUCGUAAAUCAUGUGUAUACAAAUGUCGUAAAUCAGGGCAAAUAUUUGCAAAUGUGUACAAAUAUUAAAAAACUUGCAAAUAUCUUCGGAAAUACGCAAAUUUUUUGCAAAUACAGAAUAUUUGCAAAUGGUGAUUUGCCCCUGGGGGGGUCGGAUGAAAAAAUCAACGAUGCAAAUCGAUAGAGCGAUAACCCUAGAAAUGUCUCCUCUUUUGAAAUUUCAUGCCACAAAAAAAUCAAACCAGAAGUAUGAAAAGUUUUCCCCCUCUCGCGUAUGUAUGGUCUUGCCCAAAUUUGACACAAUUUUUGGUGACAGCAAUGUUCUGGCGUCGGGUUUGCAUCGGCAUCUCUUGAAUCUGGCGGCUUUGUUCUGGUUUUGGAAUCGCUUCAUACAUCUUGCGUCUGUUUGAGAUGUUCCCCAUUCGUCCAAAGGCACUAUGACACAAUUUCGGCGCUUCUUUAUUGACCUCAAAGUCUUACGAAACCCUGGACAGCGCACGUGCUUUUUGAUACUUAUUGGGCUGUCAGGUGGUAUUUCGCUAUCAGCACUAAAAAAGAACUCAGUCGGUUGCUUAUCGGAAACCUUUUCCACCCAAUUGUCGACAACACUACUGCUUUUGAUGUGUUUGUCCAAGGCGAGUCAAGUGUACUUGACAGUCGAGUAAGCGCAGAUCCCAUGCUUCAUCAUCUUGACUCGGUGCAUUAUGUAAUUCAGCCACUGUGGCCCUUUUGGCGAUGGCAUCACAGGGUAAAUUUCACUGUUUUCUCUGUCUAGGCGCUCCUCUUGGACGAAAUCUUUGUCCAAUGCUUUGCUUUGGCAUUUCGCACAUUUAGACCUGUCUGACAGUGGAACUGCUUGCUCGAAAUUACAAAGUUGAUCUGAAAAUAAAUAAAAAAAUUAAUAGUUAUCGAAUUUUGGCACUUACGCAAUGUAUUUUCAAUUGAAACAAAUACAACAUAAAUGUAUACAAAACUUACUUCUUUGCCACUUUCAAUGUUGUGUGUUACUGUGGUAUUCCAAAAUUUUUGAAUUUGCCAUCCAUAAUCAUUUGAACAAUGUGAGAACGGUCGAUUUCUUUGUUAUUUGUCUUCUUCUUGGCCGAGUACUGUAGCGAUUCCAUCGGUGUUUAUGGAAAAGUCAAAUUUCUUUUUUCCGCGCGAAUCGCCGAAUUUUCCGCACGUAGAAAUACUGAUUCCACCAAUAAUCACGCGCCUGAUUGAAAUCCUUUGGUAAAAUAUUUGCUAUGUUUGUUUUUUCGUUUUUAUUCUCGAUUUCUACUUUCGGCAGCAAUUUUUGCGAAGACAACACCUGGUUCAUGCUUGAACAGUCGAUUUUGAAGUAUUUUCGGCGAAAAUCACACAUCGGCACCAUUGCUAAAUUCCGUAUGAAUGGCCGAAACUUUGGAUCGUCGAACAUUUGUUUGCGCUUGAGAUAUCGCUUGAGUGUCCCUUUUGACUUUUUGCGCUUUCUUUUCUUCCGUUUGGGUCGGUGCUGAUGUGGCCACAUCGAAUUGUAUUCUUCUAUCUCUCUUUGCAUAGAUAUGAACAUUGGCAUGGCCUUAAACCAAUGUUGUGCGAGAGACUUCUGGAAACACAUUCAGGUCGUUCACCAUUUCAUACAGCACGCCACAUCGUUCGAGUUUAAUUGGAUCGUGAGUUGGCACUUUGAUAUCUUUUUGCUUGAUAAUCAGUUUCAAAACACUUUUGACGUCACUUGGCAAAAAUUUGUCUGCGUCCUCUUAUCUGUCUGUGUUCAAUUCGAACACUUUCAGUUUCAAGUACUGGGUGAUGUGUUUGUUAGGAUGCGUUGUUGAAUUGAUGACGACGUUGUCUGUGUAUUGAUUGGCCAAGUGCUUUGGGCCAUUGCUGAAAUCUUUGUUGUUGGGCCAAUCGAUACUUGGCAGCUCUGCUCGUGGUCCUCGUGGCUUUGUUCCUUGUGGUUUGUGGCUCGACUUUUUCGGUUUCGGUGGCUGAUUGUUAUGCCAUUGCACUUGGUUAAAGUAGAGUUGGAUCUUUUUUUCCACUUUCACCAAAGAAUGCGAAAUCAUCAUUCUCAAUGCCUAUGUUCGUACGCCUUUUGCAACUCGAACAGCAAUGAGCCCAAAAAGCAAAUUGAAGUGGCUUGCAAAAUCAGGUCAGUUAUUUUGCACAUUAAUGAUUGCUGGAAUUGUGGGCGAAUGAUUGUCUUCAGCGCACAUUUCAUCGUCGGUAAUCUCACCCUUCGUUUCUCCCUUCGCUGGUAUGGAUGGCUUGAAGAGAUUCGCCAUUUUCCUAUUUUUAAAAAAAACACACAUUCGAUUUAGUUUAAAAACGAAUACUAUUGAAUUGGCGAUAUUUAGACAUUUUCAUUGAUCCAUAUCGAUAUUUUUUACUAAAUGAUUUUUCAUAUUAAUGAUACCUGUGUUGGUAUUCUAACGACAUUAAUCCGAUCGAAAUUAUUGUUUAUCGGAAUAAUUGUUUUGUGUGUGGAACAAUGAUCGAAAUCAUUGAGUAACACAGUAAAAAAAUCGAACACAUUGUUUCACACAUAAAACCAUAGUUCCGAUCGGAAUCAUGUCGGUAGAAUACUGGCUGAGACAGAAGAAUAUCGAGAAUUUAUGAUUGAAAUUUACGAAUGAAUAAAUGUCCUGCACAAAUAUGCAAACACGCA